AGGUGCCUCCUGCUCUCAGCAUGGCGCUGCCCUGGGCCCUUGCAGUCUUGAGCCUCCUGCCACUGCUAGAGGCUCAGAGCCCGGCCUGUGCCAACCUCACGGCCAAGCCCAUCACCAACGCCACCCUGGACUGGCUCUCUGGCAGGUGGUUUUACAUCGGCUCAGUUUUUCUGGACCCCGCGUUCAAGCAGAUGGUUCAGAAGGUCCAGGCCUCCGAAUUCUCCUUCACCCCUAACCUGACCCAGGACACGAUUCUGUUCCAGCAGUACCUGAGCAUCGAGGACCACUGCGAAUACAACUCCAGUGUCCUGUGGGUCCAUCGAGAGAACGCCACCCUCUCCAGAUUCGACGGGGGCAAAAAGAUCGAUGCCCAGCUUCUCCUCCAGGACUUCAACAGCACCUACCUACUGGCCUUCUCGAUGGACGACGAGACCAAGAGGGGCCUGUCCUUCUACGCCGACAAGCCCGAGGCCACCCCUGAGCAGCUGGAACGGUUCCGUGAGGCGCUGGAGUGCAAGGGCAUGGACAAGUCGGAGAUCAUGUACACCGACUGGAAGAAGAACCAGUGUGAGCCGCUGCGGAGGCAGCACGAGCUGGAGAGGAAGAAGGAGCCAGAGGGCAGCCCCGGGCMGCCUGCUGGGGGUCACAGCUCAGAGCCCCCGGCACCGUGACCACCCCACACCAGCCUCCUCGGUCACAGUCCUCUGCCUCAGUAAAGUUUCUGCUUGGGACA